CAUCCCGUUAUCUUUUAAUUUUCUAACCUAUAAAACAGAAUACUUGGUACAAACUAUUCUAUUAUGUUUGAAUACAUAAUAAUGUGCCUUUGUCUAUAACGUAUCAAAUAUGUAUUUAUAGUUCUAUUGAUAUUAAUAAGGUAGUUGUCGUUGAGUCGUAGGUACAUACAUUUUAUAUACGGUAUUUUAUUUAUUGUACACAAAAACCCAUCAGUUUUGACAGUUGAAGUUUGUGAAUGACCAUGAGUUUAUCAUCUUGCAAUAUAAUUGAAAAGGAUCUCAACAAUGACAUUCUAUGGACGUGGACCUAUCCCUCAGUGACAGAACUACAGAAGAAGAUUCUAAUGCAAAAAUGUACUUUCGAUGCUAAUCAUCCAUUCAUUUAUGGCCGAUUCAGAAACGAAUGGUUCUACUUAACAACCACAGAAGUAUUUGAGUCUGAUAACUUGCCUCAGCUCAAGCAGUUUAUACUAGUUCUAUGGAGUAAAGAUUUCAACCCCGAAAAAUAUGAAUCACUUUGCAGAAUGCUCAGUAAAACUUAUUGCAAAUCAGGUACUCCUGUUGCAGUACUGAAAUUAUUUCUGUCGGUCACUACAAGUGGCGUGUGUUCAACUGAGGAGAAUGGCACGUUCAGAGAAAAAGACUAUGAAUUGAGCUAUGGAAAUAGGAAUGGUGUUAUUACAUGUGUGAAAGAUCUUAUCAAAGUAUUUGGUUUGGAAACAAUUCUCAUAUAUACUGUCCUGCUUCUUAAGAAGCGAUUGGUCGUCUAUCAUCACAGUCUCCCUCACCUUCUCAAAUGGAUUCGAACUUUCCCAGCGUUGAUGGAACAUAGGAAACAAAGUGAACUGCUCCAUCCUUGGGUUGAUUUGGUACCUGAAGAGUUGGCUCAAAUAAAAUCCAGCUCGAGCUAUAUUAUGGGAUGUAGGGACAGCUCGAUUGCCUGUCAAACGGAUCUCUAUGAUGUCCUUGUCAAUCUGCCAGCAACAGAAAUAACAGUUGCACCUCAAGCGAAAGAAAAUUUGGCAAUGACAAAGGCUCAUAAGGAAAUAGCAUUGCAUUUGGUUCAACUUGCUGAGGAUGAUAACAUUCCAGAACAUGUUGUCAUUGAAGAGAUUGCUAAGAAAACGCAAGAAUUGCUGACUCAGUUAAGGUCACUAGCUACAUUGAGCACUGAUUGUGGAAGUAAAGUGGUAACUCUGCAACUUCUUCAGGAGAAAAAAUUUCCACCUGCGGUUGAGAAUUUCUUGUUCCAGCUAGCUCUUGCCGAGAAUAUUCUACUGUUGUAGAUGUCUCCAGUUAAAAGUGAUUGAUGACUUCCAAUGUUGAACAUGAUCUUGCCGAGCUCAAUAAGAAUGGAUUCCCCGGCGACAUUUUAUUUGGUGCUGUAGCGGAAAUGAUCGGUGGCGACAAGGAUAAAAUUGAGGAGAAAACUCUGAAAGAGAAUCUGCAAUCGCAAAAAGUGCAAGAAAAGGUUAUCGAGAUGGCGUUGAAACACGCUGCCAAACUGAUGAACUACUCUGGAGACCAGAGACUGUCCGAUGAUUCUGAAGCCUGUUCAUAUUCCUGGGUAAAAUGGCUGCCCUGGUAUAAUUGUGCCGAUAGUGGGAAAAAAGAACCACCGAAUAAGAUUGAGCUCAUCAAAGAGCAAAGCUACAAGUGUUACACUCCUCAUAAACCCAAUACUUUUGAUUAACAUUCUGAACUAGUUGGGUAUACCAAUCUCUGGGAGAGUCGCAUCAUAUUAUAUUUAUAGUUUGUUAAGUUAUGAAAAAAUAAAAAUAAUAAUUAUUUCUCUUAAAAAUUCUCAAUUCCUACUCUUAUUGCAAACUUCAGCCGCUUCAGCUAUGGAAUUUAUCUUUAUUCAAUUAAACGAUUGAAAACAUG